UGAAGCAUUUCCUCAAAAAAGACACUGAAAAUGGCCCCCACCAUUCAUGCUUCGAAUGCUUAAAAAGCAGCUCUCCCUUGCCCCCCAAAUCCUCAAUGUUCCAUCUAAAUCCUUGCAUUUCCAUUCCCCUUUCUGUUUCUCUCUGUUUUCUUCUUCAAAAGAAUCAAUCCAAAACAAAAGAAAACAGAGCCUCUUAUAUGUUAUCACAGAUUGGCGUUUAGGAGUGCCAAAAUGUUCAAAAUGCCAAAGAUUACGGCGCUGUUCUUGUUUUUGUGGGUUUGUUCAUCUGGAAUGGCGUCUGUGACUUAUGACCACAAAGCCAUAGUCAUCGAUGGUCGGAGGAGAAUACUGAUUUCUGGGUCUAUUCAUUAUCCAAGAAGCACUCCUCAGAUGUGGCCGGACCUUAUACAGAAGGCCAAAAAUGGAGGAUUAGAUGUUAUUGAGACAUAUGUGUUCUGGAAUGGCCAUGAGCCUUCCCCUGGACAGUAUUAUUUCGAGGAUAGAUAUGAUUUGGUGAGAUUUGUGAAGCUUGUUCAACAAGCUGGCUUGUAUGUUCAUCUACGGAUUGGUCCAUUUGUUUGUGCAGAAUGGAAUUUUGGUGGAUUUCCUGUUUGGUUAAAGUAUGUUCCUGGGAUUGCUUUUAGGACAGACAAUGGACCUUUCAAGGCCGCUAUGCAAAAAUUCACUGCGAAGAUUGUUAGUAUGAUGAAGGGGGAGAGGCUAUAUCAUAGCCAGGGAGGACCCAUUAUUCUGUCUCAGAUUGAGAAUGAAUAUGGACCAGUGGAGUGGGAAAUAGGCGCCCCUGGUAAGUCUUACACCAAAUGGGCAGCUCAAAUGGCGGUGGGUCUUGACACUGGAGUGCCAUGGGUGAUGUGCAAGCAAGAGGAUGCCCCUGACCCUGUGAUCGACACCUGCAAUGGAUUUUACUGCGAAAACUUCGAACCAAACAAGGUUUAUAAACCCAAAAUGUGGACAGAAGCUUGGACUGGCUGGUUCACUGAGUUUGGUGGCCCAGUUCCUUAUAGGCCAGUUGAAGACUUAGCCUAUUCCGUUGCAAGAUUCAUACAGAAUCGUGGUUCUUUCAUCAAUUAUUAUAUGUAUCAUGGAGGAACCAACUUUGGCCGAACGGCUGGUGGGCCUUUCAUUGCUACUAGCUACGACUAUGAUGCUCCCAUCGAUGAAUAUGGCCUAUUAAGGGAACCGAAAUGGAGUCAUCUGAGAGAUCUGCACAAAGCCAUCAAGCUGUGCGAACCCGCUUUAGUAUCGGUAGAUCCUACCGUGUCGUCGUUAGGAAGCCAUCAAGAGGCUCAUGUCUACAGGACAAGAACAGGGGCAUGUGCUGCUUUUCUAGCUAACUACGACGCAUCGUCGUCUGCAAGAGUCACGUUCGGAAAUAAUCCAUAUGACCUGCCACCUUGGUCCGUCAGCAUCCUUCCUGACUGCAAAUCUGUCAUUUUCAACACUGCAAAAGUCAAUGCUCCAAACUCACAGCCUAAAAUGACUCCAGUUAGUUCAUUUUCAUGGCAAUCAUACACUGAAGAAACAGCCUCUGCGUAUGCUGAUGAUACAACCACCAUGGCUGGGUUAGUGGAGCAAAUCAGUGUCACCAGGGAUGCGACAGAUUAUCUGUGGUACAUGACAGAUAUAAGGAUCGACUCGAACGAAGGCUUCUUAAGGAGCGGACAAUGGCCUCUUCUCACCAUCUUUUCAGCAGGCCAUGCUUUACAUGUGUUCAUAAAUGGCCAACUAUCUGGAACUGUAUAUGGGGGAUUGGAGAAUCCCAAAUUAACAUUCAGCAAAUAUGUUAACUUAAGAGCAGGAGUUAACAAGCUCUCUAUGUUGAGUGUUGCUGUUGGUCUCCCGAAUGUUGGCCUACAUUUUGAGACUUGGAAUGCUGGCGUUUUAGGCCCCGUCACGUUGAAGGGUCUGAACGAGGGUACGAGGGACAUGUCCGGAUAUAAAUGGUCUUACAAGGUUGGCUUGAAAGGAGAAUCCUUAAAUCUUCAUACCGUUAGUGGAAGCAGCUCAGCUGAGUGGGUGAGAGGCUCAUUGGUGUCUCAAAAACAACCCCUCACAUGGUACAAGACGACUUUCAACACCCCGGGAGGCAACGAACCAUUAGCUUUAGAUAUGAGCAGCAUGGGCAAAGGACAAAUGUGGAUUAACGGUCAGAGCAUCGGGCGCCAUUGGCCUGCGUAUACCGCACGAGGUAGCUGUGGCAAAUGCAGCUAUGCUGGAAUCUUUACUGAGAAGAAAUGUCAUUCUGGCUGUGGAGGACCCUCACAGAGAUGGUAUCACGUUCCCCGUGCAUGGUUGAAACCGAGCGGGAAUCUGUUGGUGAUUUUUGAAGAAUGGGGUGGUAAUCCUCAGGGAAUCUCUUUGGUUAAGAGAUCCACUUCCUAAUAACACAAGAAGCUUUCAACCGAGGUUGCUUGAAACUAAGCUCAACGUUCAUACCUCAUAUAUUUCUCUAGUUUUACUA